ACUGCUUUCACAUUCACAUCACAUACUGGAGCCCCAGUUAUUAGAUCCCUGUAUCUUGUAAGCUCUGUUGGCAGAAUGGCCGGUGCAAAGGUGGCAGUAGUAACAGGGGGCAAUAAAGGGAUUGGACUGGCCAUAGUGAGAGCUCUCUGCAAACAGUUCAAGGGAGACGUGUACCUGACAGCCAGAGACCCCAAGUUGGGAGUAGAAGCCAUCAGGGCCCUGAAGGAGAAGGAAGGGCUGUCCCCUCUUUUCCACCAGCUGGAUAUCAACAAUCUGCAGAGCAUUAGGACCCUGGGGAGUUUCUUAAAGGAGAAGUACGGUGGGAUCGAUGUGCUCAUUAACAACGCUGGCAUUGCAUUUAAAGUUGCUGACACCACCCCAAUUGCCACCCAGGCCGAGAUGACGCUGAAAACCAACUUCUUUGCCACCAGAGAUGUAUGCAAUGUGCUCCUCCCACUGAUUAAGCCCCAUGGUCGGGUGGUUAAUGUGUCCAGUUUUGUCAGUCUCAUGGCCCUUGAGCGCUGUAGCCCAGAACUGCAGAAGGUGUUUCGCAGCGACACCAUCACAGAGGAGGAGCUGGUUACAUUAAUGGAGAAGUUUGUGGAAGAUGCCAAGAAGGGAGUCCAUGAGACACAAGGAUGGCCAAACAUGGUUUAUGGGGUGUCCAAAGUUGGGGUGACUGUACUAUCCAGAAUCCAAGCCAGGGAGCUGAAUGAAAAGAGACAAAAUGAUGGGAUCCUGCUCAACGCCUGCUGCCCGGGGUGGGUGAAAACUGACAUGGCUGGGACCAACGCUCAAAAAUCCCCAGAUGAAGGUGCAGAGACACCUGUGUAUUUAGCUCUCCUGCCCAACAAUGCAGAUUCUCCUCACGGGGAGUUGGUGAGUGAGAAGAAAGUUGUGCCCUGGUAAAUUUCUAACCUCCCCCCGGCACUCAUUACUAACCUGUGUGCCCCCAUAAAAAGGUUCUGCCUUAAGCAUCUGAGACCUUAUAACACUCCAUCUACCUGAAAUGUAAUUUUAUCAUUAGAAAUAAAAUAUCAUUUACCAAA